AUGUGGAUGUUCGUGUUGGUUUUCCUCUAUUGUUAACCGAUAACUUUUGCCACCUGACUGUCCUGAUAGAACAGGACCGGUGAACUUUAUGUGCUCCAUGCAAGAUAUUUUCCAUUUGUAACCAAUUUCAUGAAAACAUAUACCAUAAUUAUUGGAUAGCAGCGGGGCCGCUUUACCUUGGUACCAUGUUAGAUAUUGUAACCUAGCAGCAAGCCUUCCCUAUCGGCGGUCCAAUUGUGAUGGCAACACAAAUGUCGAAGUCCUGCGAGGAAGCUCAGUUGACUCUUUCAAAGCAGGAGACAGAGAAGCUAGCACGGGCGCUGCUGGAGAAGGACCGCCGAGUAGGGCAGCUCAGCGUCGCAAACGAGCACCUCAGCGAGCAUGUCCAGCAACUGAAGUCACUAGUCAAAGAUGCUCAUGUGCGCUACGAGGACGAGCUGGAGCUCACCGUGGCGUCACUGCAGGACCAAUACAACGCCGCCGUGGACGUACUACAACUCGGCGCCGGUCUCGGAGCGCAUGCGAACAGCCUAAGGGGCUCAGACCCAAUCCGAAGCAACAGCCCUGAUGGCUGCUUCGGUUCUUCCUUCCAUGGUGGGGGUCUCCGCGAAGGCUUACCUCCACGAAACCAAACAGCAGCAGCUGCAGGGAGGCCGCCGGGAUUGUCCGUACAGCGCAGUAUGGCAACCGUAGGAGGAGCAGAUGGCGGGUCCUCGGGUUGCCUUACUGGCGGCUGCACUGCGGGAGGGGUACUGCGGCCAGUACAGCAGCAAGGUGCGACACAAGGGCUGAGGGCGUCAGGAGGCGGUUGUCGCAAAUGUCAGCAGCAUAGGUGCGCAUGCAGCAGCGCCGGCGGUGGACAAUGUAAACCGGCGUCGAAAGCCGUGGCGACUGACCCGCGGGUCAGCCUGCUGGGCCUUGACCCACAUGACUUCGCGCCAUCGACAGCGUACGGCGCUACAGUGGGCCUUGUGACGGAGCCGGUAGCUGUCCUGCGCGACGUCCUGAACCUGGAUGGCGCACAUGACCGCGAGCGGGAGCGGCAGCGAGAGAGGCCGGCGACGGCUGGAGCUGCCCCCGUGGGGAUAUCGGGCACCCUGGUAUAGCCCGUUCACCACCGGGAUCCCCCCGUUCAUUCGACCCCGCAACCCGCACGCACACCCAC